CUUUUCAGAUAGAAAUUCAAAACUUUUGGGUUUUAAGUUCAUUUCACUCUUCUCUCCCAAGUGAGGGGAUUUGAAUUUUAAUCUGGAUCUGUUUUUUUUCUAUUUGAACUUGAGAAUAUUUUUGUUAAGGAAGAGUGUCGACUGUUUCUUGUUUACCUUUUCUGCAGUUAGGUGUGAAGUGGAGUUUUGUAAGCUUUAUAAAAACAAUAUGACAAUUGAUCACUUCAAUUACAACACAAAAUGCAGAACAAAUUCUGAAAGUAAGAAGAUGGAAAAAGAAGAAGAGAAGGAAGAUCUGAGAACUGUGGAGUGUCUAAGAGGGAGACUACUUGCAGAGAGGCAAAUUUCAAGGUCUGUAAAAGAUGAAGCAGAGCUCAUUGCCAGAAAGAUGGAGGAGCUGGAGAAAAAUCUGAAAGAAGAGAUCAGAUUAAGGGAAAAAGCAGAGAAGAGACUGAAGUUUCUGAUGAAAAAGCUUGAAUUCAUAAAAGAGUCACGCAGUUCUGAGGGAUCAGAGCAACUGAGUUCAUCAGAAGUUUCUUGUUUGUCAUCGGUUUCCACUUCAGCAUCCAAGCAAGAAGAACAAACUCAUGAAAAUGGAUUUGUGGAGGAAGAAAAAGUUGAUCAAGCAACUGAACAUGUUGCCUCCAUAGAAGAAGAAGAGUCAAGUUCAAAGCUCAAAGAUGUUUCUUCUGGUGAAGAAAGUGUUGUUGCUUCAACCUCAAGUCAUGAAGCAGAAUCACAGGCUAGUAGUGACUUUUCGUAAGAGUUCAAGAAUCAAGAAUAUCCAUUACUCAUCUCCUUAAUAACCUUGACUUAGAACCGUUACUCUCAGGGUGAGCUACUAAUACCAUAUUAUAAUACUUUUGUGGAAGUUAUUGAUGGGUACAAAAGAGAAUAGAGGGAGAUGGGAAGGAGAAGGGCAUGUGAUCAUAAAGGGAUUGAUUCGGCUUUACGACACCUUUGAGUUUGACAGUAUUAAAUUCAAAGUGUUAGGGGAGGACGACAGGACACAUACCUGUCUCUUUCUUCUUUUGUUAUCAGUGAAAGAAAGUGACGUUUCUUGAAAAUUAUGAAUGUGAUUGAACAAAGGAAGCAGUAUAUACUUAUUCUAACUGUAUUAUAAACUUAAAUGACUUUAAUGCAUUAGUAUAUGUAACCUUCUUAUGAUUUUUGAAUAAAGUUUGCAUUUGUUUAGUGUUACAAA